AUGGCCGAUCAAGUCGACUCAAUGUCAGAUGCAGAGCUGCGGACAAAACUUGCCGAGCAUGGGUUUCCAGUAAUGCCUAUUACAGCUUCCACACGAAAGUUGCUCGUGAAAAAGUUGAAAUUAGUACUUGACAACAAGAGUAAGCCUAGAAGUAGCGUCGAUAACAAAGUUGACAACAGGCGGUCUCUCGCACGCUACUCGAGCGGCGAAGAGUCUGAUUUAGACACAACAGCCAAUGCUAAAGAGAAACGUGGCCGUCGAGCCACAACUGGCGGGGCAAUGCUACCGCCAGCCGCUAAUAAGACUCGCCGAGUUCCCAUUAAAAAAGACUCUCCCGCUAAACGAGACUCUGAUAAAGGCUCUGAGUCUGAUGAAGAAAAAGAUAGGUCUGGUUUGAGUACACGCGAGGAGGUUGAAACUGUCACUACUCGUCGAGUAACACGCACUUACGCAGCAAACGACCAGGAUGACUACGAGACAGGCUCAGACAGUGAUGUAGAUGCCGACAAAAAGACAUCUAGUCCGUUCCGUAGUAGUUCUAGAUCGAGUGAUUAUAUCUCCAGUACGUUACCCACUGUUGAUGUUGGUACUACUCCCCCAAAGACAUCUAUAUUCUCUCGAGCUUCCAUCAUACCAACAAAUUAUACAUCGACUUAUUCCUCAAAUAUGACAUCAUCUGACAAUCUCAAUUCUAUACGGUCACGAUUAGGUUUGACUUCAACAUUAGGAGACCGUCCAACGGCUAGUAAUUAUUCUACAAAUUUCUCAAGAAGUACUUAUCAACCCUCAACUUCAACUAUUGAUGAGAUAGAAUCUCCUUACUUAAGUAAUUUUACAAGAAGACUAUCAUCACUAAAAUCGGACCCUCCUAAACCUACACCUUACAUUGAUAGAGACACUAAUAAUGGUAGCACAGUGUUGCCACGCAGGUCUUACAUUUCUGGUCUCAAUAGGUCUGAUAUUGCUGACUAUAAAACAACAGACAAGAAAUUCUUAAAGAAUAAUCUUGUGUCACUUGCACUUGUUGUGUUAGUAGCACUUUUUUUUUUUUGCUUAUUUUUUAUGUAUAUAGUUAAGAAAAAUGAUAUUACAUCAGUGGUAGACGAUCAGAACAGUGUGAUACCAAUCUGCCAGUUGAACAUACCGGGCAACAGGCCAGGGGUCAACUGUGUCCCUAAAGAACAAGUAAGUUAUGCUAAAGAUCUUCUAAAAGUCAUUCAUCCGGAAUUGACGACUCGGAUAGCUUCAUACAAGUGUGGCCAGCCUGGGGCCCUUCCAUAUAUGACUGAACGAGAAAUAAUAGAAAUUGCCAGUGCCAAAGCAGAAACUGCUGAUGUGAGUCAAUGCCGCACAGACUUGAAUAACUUACAAGUUCUAAUCAUAAACAAUCCUCGCUGGGGUCUCAAUGUUGUUCAACUCAAAAGUCUUUACACCAAAGAUGUUGAGUUUUCCAAUAUUAGAGUCACAGAUAUGAUUGUCCAACAACGGACUAAAGGGACUGUUGCUAUCACACUCACUGAUCCAUCCACUCCUCUUUCAUGCUUGUUUGUAAACACUUUAUAUUCGGCUGGGUCCACUUUAAUUGUCGUCGCUGUACUUACAAUACUAGCAUUAGGUGUGCAAAGAGCUUAUAAGCACUAUGUAAGUUAUAAAAAAAGGAAAAGUGAGGAAAUUUACUCUAUGGUUGAACAAAUUAUAGAUGUAAUUUCUCAAGAGACUGAGGAUAGCGGGGAACCAUACAUAUCUGUUGAUCAUGUUAGAGACACUUUGAUUUCACCUCAAAACAGGGAGAAAAUGGCAGCAGUUUGGGAUGCAGCUGUUAAAUUUAUUCAGAGGAAUGAAAGCAGAGUCCGUAUGGAAGUGCAGUCUGUUGAUGGUGAAGAUUGCCGUGUUUGGAGAUGGAUCUCUGCUCAUAGCAGCCCAAAGCGCAGUGCUGCAUGGCAGGGACAGGCUUUCGAAACUCAGGAGGGCUCUGUCAACAAUCUUGUCGUCUCCCCAACACCCUGCCUUAAAAUCCGACAUAUGUUUGACAAGAACGAUGCCAAUCCGAACUUGAGAUCUGUUAUUCAAGAUGCAAUUCUGGAGAAGUGUGGAGACCAUUGUAACAUUCUACAUAUCGAUGUUGAGAGGACGUCAUGUUGCGUCUACGUGAAAUGUGCUUCGCCAACAGAUGCUGGGGUUGUUUACAGGAGCUUGCAUGGUUGGUGGUAUGAGGGUAGGUUAAUUACGGUUAAGUAUUUGCGUUUAGAACGCUACAUGCAAAGGUUCCCGAACUCGCCCUCAGUGGGCCCGUUUUUGAGGAUGACUCGGCCGCGGCGCACUUGGGAUUAA